CGUGUUUGCUUUACAAUACUCUUAUGCAAAAUCUCAUCAAUAAUCUUGUCUUUAAUACAUUUACAGCAAAUGAUCAAAACAAAGUUUGUUUACAAAAUAAAAUGGUGAGAAAUAUCCAGCUUGAUCUUUGAUAAGGAUAAUUGUGGUAGUUCCAAACAUUUUGUUGUGAUUUUGUAAACAAAGUUUAAAUUAAUUAAUUAAAUCCUUAAUAAUAAUAAUCAAGGUUCAACAAUUCUUUUUUGGAAUUUUUCUUCAAUGGAUACAUCACAUGUUGUGUCCUAUAUUGCGCCUUUCAUGGGCACUUUUAACAUAUUCCUUGGAUUGAUUGAUAUCAUCGUUACAAAUAAACAAACAAAAAGUCUAAGAGAAGAAUCGCCGGAUAAAUUAUCUGAUGAUUUUGAUAAUUUUAUUUCCGCUACAGUUAUGCUCACAAUUGUAAGUUUUAUUUUUUACAUUGUGGCUUCAAUUUCAAAUUAUUAUAUUUGCUCUUCGCUUAUUAUUGACCCUACGGAAAUUCCUCCAUUUCUCAAGCUAUAUUGCAUUAUCAACAUUGUGGCUGUUAUUUUAGCAACUAUCGAAGUGAUUUGUAAAGUUGUACUUGGUCUAUUUGGGAUAUCAAUAUUGCUGCUUGUAUAUAUCAUUCUUAGUUCUCUCCAUAUUUAUGCAUUUUGGAAGAUGAAGGAUGAAAUGCUUGCUGAAAGACUCGAGCGUGUGGAUGAGGAAGAAUGAUAAAAUUCUUCUAAUUUUUUAUAUGUUCAAAAUGUAUUUAAAAUAAAUCAUUUAAUAUAAUAUUAUUGUAAGCAUGUGUAACAAUCUAAUUUGAUUACAAGCUACUUUCCUAGCUUACUAUUUUAAUUGUUUUUUUUUUUGCAACAACCGUCGGUUCCAAUGUUCUUCAUCAAUAAAAAAAGAAAU